AUGAUUAUAUUUUAUUUGGCUCUUCUGUACUAUGCUACCUCCGAUGCAAAUUCUCAAACGAAAUCGAAGGAGAAUUAUCUUUUAAAAAAUCAUGAUCCAUCCAAAAUAUCAAGGAAAAAGGCACGAAAAUACGAUAAGCAUGGUUUAACCAAUUUUACAGACUACUCUUUCGUGUCGCAAACGGAAGCAAGUGGUAGCGAAGUGCAUGCAGGGAAGGACGAUAAAAAGGAGGAUAAGGAAAAAAAAAACAACACGGGGAAAGAUGAUUUGAAGGGAAAACAGGAAGAACAUGCACUGCAGGAGGGGGAGAUAAAACAAGCAGUGCAAGGAAAAAAUGGUGAGAAAAAACCAUCAAAUGAAGGGAAGCAAAAAAAAGAAAGUGAAGAUGACCCAGAGGACGACGAUAAUGUAGAUGAUGAUGAAAGUGAUACAGGGGAGGACGACGAGGAAGAUGGAGAACCCAAAAUUAAUUCAAUUAAAAAAGGAAAUUUAAAGGAAGACAAAAAGGGAGGAAAUAACAAAGAAAAGAAGAAAAAAACAAAAGGAGAUUUCGAUGAUGACGAUGAGGACGACGAAGCAGAUGAUAUGGAUGAGGCGGAUGAGGAGGGGGAGGACGAAGACGAGGAGGAACAAACGGGAAAGAAGCCAUCACACAAAAAAGAUGUUGGGAAAGAACAAAAGGGGAGCGUCAAAAAUGACGAGAAGGGUAAAAAAGACAUAAAUGCCCACGGAGACCAUGAGAAGAAACAUGAAGAGCAUCACGAGGCGCGUACUGCGCAGAAGCACCAAGGGGACAAGCAUGACCAACCUCAAGGCCAAAAAACGCCUAAUGCACAUGAAAACCAACAUAGCGGUAAAGAAGCUAAUAGCAACCACCCUGUUCAUAAUAACCCAGAAGUGAAAACGAACGCGCCAAAUUUAAACAAAGUAGAACAAAGCCAACCUACAAGUCCGACCCUGUCCAACGUGGCGCAGAAUGUAGCUCCCACUCUAAAUGCGUUCAUACCGAAGAAACAGGACCAAAUUACCUCCUAUAGCAUUAACCCAAAGAUAAACGAAGAUAUACACAUCCCUGAUGAUAUUAAAAAAGAUUUUAUGAAACUGCUAAGAAGUGUAGUUCAACUUAACAUUAAGGAAUCCCUACACCAGGGGAAUAAUCAUCAGCUACAUGGGGAUCAGCAGAAGAACUCCUCGGGCAUGCCACCAACGUAUAUGAAUGUUCCCCCUGGCAAUGGAACAAAGAAUACAUCCUUCUUAAACAAAUUGAUAAUCCAUUUUAAAAAAUAUCUGAUGUACUACUUAGGAGGCCUCGUUGUUUUUUCUGCCUUUGUAUUGGCUAUGCAGUGUUCAGACUAG